UCGAGCAGCCUGCUACACCUUUUGCGUGAAAGCGCACUUUUUGUCCUAGGGCUAUUUCGUGCAUCAGGGAGAAUAGACAACCUGGACUGGUGUGGAUAUUGGUUAAUGACCUCCGCCUAAUGUGAAUUUUCAUAGACCACUUGAAACACGAACAAAAGCAAUGGGAGCAUUUGGAGUGAUCAUAGGGAUUUUACAUUAUAUGGGACUCUAUCUUCAACUUAGCACCGCUUUCAAACCGAUUGAACAUGACGAAGUGGACAAUCAGAUAUCUGGAAACGCUCUCUUCACAGAGGUCCCGCAUGACAUUACGACACAGAGUGGACAGGAAGUGGAGAUGGCCUGUUCAUUUCGAGGCGCCGGCUCUCCCUCCUACUCCCUAGAGAUCCAGUGGUGGUACAUCAGGAACCACCGAGAUUGGCCCCAGAAGCCUGCCUGGACCACCAAUCAGGUGGUGCCCAUGGAAGAAUUGUCAAAGGAUGCCACUAAAAUAAGUGUGGUGAAGGUGGCAGGGAGCAACAUCUCCCAUAAGCUUCGUCUCUCCAGCGUCAAGCCGUCAGACGAGGGGACGUACGAAUGUCGUGUUAUCGACUUCAGCAGCUCUGUGGCACAGCACCACCGGGUCCGGGCCUACCUCCAGGUGGAGGCCGAACGAAGCCAGGGUCACGGGUCGGUGGACACCCAGGCUCGGGAGCACCGGCACAAGGGACAAGGGAGCCCGGUACACCCCCACCAAACAGAGGCUCGGGAACUGAAGAGGCGAUCUGCCGAUGACAGCAACACUGACUGCACUGAGAGCUGUGUUCUUUAGAGAGCUGUGGGUGCUUCAACACAGUUUUGCAGGGGAGAUGAAGAGUGCAUGUUCCCGAUAAUCUUAAGAGGGAUGGUUAUUCUAAACAUCUUGUGAGGCCUGGAUGAAAAAAAAAUACACCUGAACCCUUUUUCCUCCAGUUCAGUGCUUAUUUAUUAAUUUGUUUGUCUGUCUGUUAUUUAUGGUUGAAUUGUCAAAGGCAACUGAGGGCGUGGUGGUGUUCUCUUUGUUAAUAAUGUAAUGUUAUUUAUCAUAGUUUUGAGUUACAGUUUUUUGUUGUUCUGGCCUCUGCUGGCCGGAGAAUGAGUAAGUGAUUGUGAGAUCAGGUUGCUUGGCUGAUCUGCACGGGCCAGGGAUUUGUCUUGGCAGAUAGCACGGGGUGGGGGGGUGGGGGGGACUCCUUGUGGAUGAUAGAAUGUAAAGAAGUAUGUGAUUCUGUCAGAGCUCCGUGAAAAUAUGCUUUGUUUUCGGUGACAUAAUGCUUUCAAAUGCUUUAUUUAUAAAGGGUCUUUUGUCAAAACACAGGCCUAUGCCAAAAAGCUGUAGAGCUUUGUUGUAAAUGCUUUCUAAAAGAGAAUGAAUUAAUACAGUUUAGUUCCAUCUUUGUGAAAGGAGUUUUAGAAGUCGUCCUUUGUUUCACGUAUUUUGCUUUGAUGUUUUGAAAGACAAAAGAUCUGUAAAAUGGUGUACCUUUCUUAAACACUUCUAGAAUGUUCAACGAAAUCCAAGCGUAUGCCUUCAUUGCAUUACACAACUUGUAUACUGUCUUCACACUGUACACUUACCUUUCCUAUCAGCACUAUAAACACAAUGUAUUUAGUGCUAAUUAACCAAAUGAGUCAUAGAACACAACAAACAAGUAUGUUAAUCCUUGCUUUAUGUUAAUGUAUUCACAACUAGCUUUGGGGCUUAGCCACAGUUUUUCAUUGCACUAAACUCUACAGUAUAUCAUGUUUCUCUUCUUGACUGUGUUUGUUCUAUUAUCUAAGUGCUACUGUUUAAUAUCUAUUCUGUUAAAUACAUU